AUGCCGUCUUAUACAGUCAGCAAUGGCCUUCGACGUGUAACACCAUACUAUCAUGAUCACAGAACCCCAUUUAAGCAGCGUUGGGCCGGCCGCACUGUAGGCGAGGUGCUAACUUCAGAACUUGGCCAAAACCAUGAUGUAGUAUCGCAAGGAAUAGCCCUGCACGACAUAUAUGUAACAAAAAAUAAUGGUAAAGCAGGUGGGCCAAUACCAAUAAAGGGAACAGAGCUUCUAACUAGACAAUUGAUGGCCCACGAUAUAAUCCAUAAUCUUCAGCAUGUUCAUGAGCCAUCUGUGAUAUGGACGCCUAACCGUACGAUGAUUCCAACCGUGAACUACUUUGAUGGUAGGUCUCAAUCUCUGUAUAUGAUGAAGUGCGGUGUUCUGAUCUUAUUUGACAAUAAGGAUAUACUCGUAGCCUGUAAACCGUCAGGAGUACCCACACAUCCUGGAGGCAUCUACCGCUACAACACACUUCUGGAAAUAGUUGCAAACGAAUUGGGAUAUCCAGUCUGGCCUUGCCACCGGCUCGAUAAAUCAACUCUGGGCAUAAUAGUGUUGGCGAAAACUAAACUAUUUUGCAAAGCCAUGAUGGCAGUCUUCCGUGUUCACACUCAAUUGGAGAAACAAUAUCUUGCUCGCGUGAAAGGCAAUUUUGUUCACGAUAAAUGUUCCUACCGUUGUCCACUCAUAAGUGUCAAUUCGUCUGGCGGCUACUUGAAUGUACCCAAAGAAGUCCCCACCAACUCAACCACCAAGUUUCAAAGGUUGGCAUAUUUACCUGAAUCUGACGAAAGCAUUGUCCUCUGCAAACCGGUGACUGGAAGAAUGCACCAGAUCAGGAUUCAUUUGGCACUUUUGGGACAUCCUAUCUCCAACGAUGAAUACUACAAUGGCCAAAAUGAAAUCAACAGCAGAAAGAAUCAAAUUGAGAGAAUCAUCUACAAGAACAUCUUCGAGAAAUACCCUCAAUUUGCUGUAACUGGACUCGAUGCACCGAUUCCAGAGCUGAUCACAGUCUCGGAAUUUGUGACCCCCGAAAUAAACACACUUCUCGAGAAUUUGGCCAAACGCAGAACAGAUCGGGACCAAAGGCUCAUAACCGGAAAAUGUGUAGAGUGUAUGCUGCCUCUCUAUACCGAAAAUGCCCAUCCUGGAAUUUAUCUCCACGCUUUUCGGUUGGUUCAUAAUUGGCUGCAAAUCGAUAGCGAGGGACUGCAGACAGUGCCCCAUUUUUCAUUUUCUACUGAUUUUCCAUCUUGGUGUCCUGCAGAAAAGCUCUCUUAUAGUAUCAGCCAUCAAUCAGUUUAG